AUGGCUGAUGAGCGUGAAAGGUAUUUCAAAGACGAAUUUGAUUCAUCUCAGGAAAAGGAGAGACAUGAGUUCAAGUUGAAUGGUGGAUCGUUCUUAUUUGGAUCUAACGGACAGGAACCAGUGGAACCGGCGGCACCGAUAGUGCCAUCGGAAUCCGGACUACACACAUCUGCAGGUUCAGAUAGUCAGUCUCAGAACGAUUUGCAAGAUGAAACUUUGCAAGAUGAAAGUUUACAAGAGGAAUUUGAGCCAGCGUCUAACGAACUACAAUCCCCUGAUUACAUAAGUCAAAUUAGGCAGAUUAUUCCAGGAAUGAAUUUAGAUGUAGCCAGAGGAUUAGUAGAAAAAUACCGGGGCGAAGGCGAUGUGGUUUCUAAAGCCAUAAGUGAAUAUUUCGAAGAAGGACUCAUAGUGGAACAUGAGAAACCCAGGAACAGUAGCUCACCGACGGCAGGCGGCAAUGAAGGGGCUGAGAGUAAUAGCAAUGGAAAUAGCAGAAACGGAAGCCUCGUAGGCCAGCCUCUAACUAGAGAAAAGAGGCGCAAAGAAGUCACACCAAGACCCAUAAAAAGAUUGAAAAGUGAAAUUGAGUGGAGAAAAUUUAUCGGAUCAUUACAAGUGAAUGCUAUGGCUACAAGACCUACUUUAAGACCUUUAAAAUAUGGAACUGAAUUGGAAAUUCUAAAAUCUUCUGGUGGUCUACCUACAUCUAAGCUGUACAACACCAAUGGUCGAAAGAAAGUUUCAAUGGCAAGCUUCGUAAAAAUAUUUGAUACACAGCAAAAUCGAGAAAUUGGCAGAUUACCAGAGGAUGUGGCUCAAAUUGUUUACCCAUUGAUAAACACUGAUGAUGUGGUCUUUGAAGCUACAAUGGUGUUCUGUGAAAAUAAAAGAUUAAGCAUAGGUGAUAGUUUUGUCUUACAACUUGACUGUUUCCUUACAUCUUCUAUUUUCGAUGAAGAUCAGAAUAAAGAACUAACACCAUCACGGUCUGCCAGAUGGGGGAGCAAUAGUUCAAUGGUGGAAACGGAGGAAGAAUUACAAAGUCGGUCAAAAAAAGUGGGUCUUUUAUCACUUUUUGACAGACUAAGGCUAAGAACUGUGGAUGAUAAGGCAGAUGAUGCAAGCAAAAGUUCAGCAAAUAGUGAAGAAGAUGGCGUAGAAGUUAUUGAUUUGGAUGAUGAUGAUAAUGAUGGGGAUGAAAAACUCGAAGAUAUUGUUGCUCGUGAAGAGGAUGAUGCUCGUAGAUUUUCUUCCCAAGAGGAAGGUGUUAUGAAUUUGAAUCAAUUAAAAGUGUUUUAUAAAGCUACUCAGUCGUCGGAUUCCCUUAAAACGUUACCAGAGACAGAACCUCCAAGUACUACAAUCAAUCUCACUUUAAGGAAAUACCAAAGACAAGGCUUAACAUGGAUGCUUCGAAGGGAGCACGAAUUUGAAAAGGCUGCAGAUUCUCAAGGGUUUCAAAAUGUAAAUGGAAACAUGAUGAACCCACUAUGGAAAUGUUUCAAAUGGCCAAAAGACAUGUCAUGGACAGCACAGAGAAUGGAAGACCAUACAGAGGUGGAUUUAGGAAAGUUCUUUUAUGCUAAUUUGCAUACAGGAGAGUUUUGCCUUGAAAAGCCUAUUUUAAAAACCAUGAUGAAAGGGGGAGUUUUAUCUGAUGAAAUGGGUCUAGGUAAAACAAUUUCAGCAUUAUCUCUAAUAUUCACUUCACCAUAUGAUUCUUCAUUGGUAGAUAAGCAUCUUUUCAUGGAUGGUAAUGAAGACGAGAAUUUAUCUCCGCCAUCAUCUCAAUCAUCAAAAAAACCUUAUGCCAUGAAGACUACUUUGGUCAUCGUUCCUACUUCCCUUUUAUCACAAUGGCAUAGCGAAUUCACAAAAUUCAAUAACUCUCCAGAUCUCUACUGUGAAAUAUAUUAUGGAGGUAACGUUAGCAGUUUGAAGACUUUAUUAACAAAGACCAAAAACCCUCCUACCGUUGUGCUUACUACUUAUGGUAUUGUGCAAAAUGAAUGGACUAGAAUUCUAAAGAUGGAUAGGAGAGAUGCUGACAUGGAUUCUACCACAGGAUUAUUUUCUCUCAAGUUUUAUCGUGUGAUUCUGGAUGAGGGCCAUGUUAUAAGAAAUCGUACUACUUCAACUUCCAAAGCUGUCAUGGAGAUUUCUAGUAUGUGCAGAUGGGUAUUGACAGGGACUCCGAUUAUCAAUAGGCUUGAUGACCUUUACAGCAUUGUUAAAUUUUUGAAAUUAGAACCAUGGGCACAAAUAAGCUAUUGGAAGAUGUUUGUAUCUGAUCCGUUCGAAAGAAAAGAUUAUCGACAGGCCUUCGAUGUAGUGAAUGCAAUUCUGGAACCGGUUUUCUUGAGGAGAACUAAACAGAUGCAAGACGCUGACGGAAGACCACUGGUGGAGCUACCGCCAAAGGAAGUGGUCGUUGAAAAGCUCACCUUCAAUGAAGCCCAAAAUACAAUCUACAAGCAUUACCUGGAGGAAGCAGAAACAUCGGUGAAAAAAGGAUUAGCCCGUGGUGACCUUUUGAAGAAAUAUUCCACCAUCUUGGUUCAUAUUCUAAGGCUUCGCCAGAUAUGCUGUGAUCCAAAGCUCCUUGGGGCACAAGACGAAAAUGAUGAAGAUUUGUCCAAGUCGAAUCAAUUGCUCAAAGAGUCUGUGGAUGUUAACAAAGUCUAUCAAAAAGUCGGGUUAAAUGAAAGUUCAAAUCGACUCGAUUCUGGUCGUUUGAAUACAAUUAAAUCUAGAAUUCAAGAAAAGUACCCUACUGCGGAUUCGUUGAAGACAUUAGAAUGUUCAAUUUGUACAGCUGACCCAAUUGAACUGCAUAAAGUGUUGUUCACUGAAUGCUGCCACAGCUUUUGUGAAGAAUGUUUAAAGGAAUAUUUGGAAUUUCAAAAGCAAAAGGAAUUGGAAUUGAAAUGCCCCAACUGUCGUGAACCUGUAAAUAAAAAUUAUUUUUUCACUUUGAUGUUGAAGGAUGGGGAAUCACCUCAAGUGGUUCCUCUCCGUGAAGUGGCUAAAUCAGCAAAGAUUGAAGCACUUUUGAAGCACUGUAGCAUACUGCAGGAGACUUCACCCGGUGAACAAAUCGUAGUAUUUUCUCAAUUCUCAUCAUUUCUGGAUAUUCUCGAGACUGAGUUAGCUAAUACAUUUCUCGGCAAUGGGGUAAAAGUUUACAAAUUCGAUGGGCGGUUAAACUUGAAGGAGAGAGCCGCUGUACUCGAGAAUUUUUCGACAAAAGAUUUCGACAACCAAAAGGUUUUACUCAUGUCACUCAAGACAGGAGGUGUAGGUCUAAAUCUUACGUGUGCCUCCUAUGCAUUUAUGAUGGAUCCUUGGUGGUCGCCCAGCAUGGAAGAUCAAGCUAUUGACAGAAUACACAGGAUCGGUCAAAUAAAUCAGGUCAAAGUGACACGAUUCAUCGUAGAAAACUCAAUUGAAGAAAAGAUGUUAAAGAUCCAGGAACGAAAGAGGACUAUCGGUGAAGCUAUGGACGCAGAUGAAGAUGAAAGGAGAAAAAGAAGAAUUGAUGAGAUUCAAAUGCUUUUUGAGUAG